GACGUUCUUUUUCACCACUUUCAUCAUCCUCUCUCUCUAUCCUAAUCUUUCCUCCCAAAACUCCAUUGGAAGAUAACAGAUAAAGCUUUCGUUUCUUUUUAGGAAUUCACCCUAAUGUUUCGUGAAUUCUUUUCAUACAGGUAAACCCACCAACCCAAUCCUCCGUGCGUCUACUCUACAAUCAUUUCCACAAAUUCGUCAUCGCUUCUCAAUUAAGACAAUUUUAAUCAUCAAUCCUAGCAGCUACUGCUACAAAUCGUUUCUUAUGCAUACAGGUGCUAUGUAUGAUGUUGCUGCAUAAAUGAUAGGGUAAACUGGAAGGGCAUAAUGGCAUUAGUAACCCACCAGGUUCAGGGUUCAUAUGCUCCUCCAAGACCUUUAUCUUUGAAGAAAGGGAUCGAAUCAAAGAAUUUUUUAGCAGCAUUUCCAAUUGUUAAGAGAACAGAUAUUAUAUUAUUGAAGCAUAGAUCUUGUUUAUGUGUAAAGGCGCCUCAAUCAAAGAGAAAACCAUUAAAAAUAUCAUCAUUCAAAGGAAAUGUCCAGAAUGACGAAUCAGGAGCUAGAGAAAACGGGUCAAAGUCCACAAAAAAUCCGGUCAAACUCUCUUAUCUCCCACAGGAUCGCAAAGAAACAUUAGCUGAAUCACCAAAGGUGAAGAACAAUCAUGCAACCCCAACAUCUAAUAUGCAACAAGAAACCACAGCAGGGUCUCAAGCCAUACAGCAGCUCUUCAAAAGCUGGUUGACUUUGCUACGUACACCUUCUUCUUCUUCACAAAGUCAACUUCCAAAUGAGACAUUGGAGGAGACAUCUGAGAAUGAAAUUGUGGAAACAGAUGACAAAAAAAUUCAAACAAGUGGAAGAGGAGUCAUUUUGAAAACAGUUUGGAGAAACCUUUUGGGUUUGGAUGCAACCAUAAAGAUACCUGCUAUGAUAUUCAUACCCAUGUAUCUGGCAGUGAACAUCAAGUAUGGGCCGGAAGUUGCAAAGGAACUGACUCCAUUGUGGAUAUGUGGGCCCCUUAUUGUUGCUCUUUACAUCAAGAUUCUUCAUGGGUUAUGCUUGCUCUACAUUUACAGCUUCAAGCAAUCGGUAAAAGUGGUGAAGGAUUUGCCAGUUUAUUAUGAUUAUGUGAUUAGUGGAAAGCUGAAAGAAGCCAUAAAUUUGCGAUUAUGGAAGCCUGUGGUGGAGUUUAGGAAGUUAGGGUACAAAGGCAUAUGGAAAAAAUUUCAAGAAUGGGCAAUGGAUAAGUAUUUGGACUACAUUGAAUCCAUAUGGCCUCAUUAUUGCAAACUCAUAAGGUUUUUAAAGAAGGCCAAUUUCAUCUAGCUUUUCAUGUAAUGUUUUGGAAAUUGGAAUAGGGCAGAUUUUGAGGCAAGACAUCUCUCUCUCUCUCUCUCUCUCUC